AUGGACAACCUCACUGUCUUCACAGAGUUCCUCCUCAUGGAUGUCACAGGCUCCCGGGAGCUCCAGGUUCUGCAAGAUCUUGGCAGCAUCUCAGUGGUUGUUCCCAGAGCCAUAGUGAAUUCCAUGACUGGUAGUAAGACCAUAUCCCUGACAGAGUGUGCUGGACAGAUGUUCUUAUAUACACUUUUUGCAGCUGUGGAAUUUGCAUUCCUAGCGGUUAUGUCCUAUGACCGCUAUGUGGCCAUUUGCUACCCUCUGCACUAUGGGCUCAUCAUCACUCCAAGGCUGUGCUCACAGGCUGCAGCUGGCUCCUGGGCCUCUGGUCUGGUAUACUCAGGCUGUGUAGCCUUUAUAUUUAUGUCAUAUAUCAAAAUUUUUUCAACUGUGCUCGAGAUGCAUUCCAUGGAAGCCCGUACCAAAGCCAUAUCCACAUGUACACCACAGUUGGCCAUUCUCUUUUUGUUUUUAAUUUCUGGGGUGGUGGCUGUCUUAGGUCCCAUUGCAAAGAAACCAUCCCUUAAGAAUCUGCUGACUGCUGUGUUCUACAGCAUGGUGCCUCCCUUCAUGAACCCCAUCAUCUACUGUCUACGCAACAGGGAGAUCAAUGCUGCUCUGCAAAGAAUGUUCAACAGAUUCUGUGUGUUUUCUGUGAAAAAUUUCUUGAGUAAAACAAAAAUAUCAUCUACCAUUGGAAUUUAG